UCUGCAUCCAUGGACGUGGGGAGAGAAUUUUCCAAUCCAUCACCAUUGUGCCAAUUGUCCAUAAAAGAAAUGUGCGAGCAUAGCUCUGGUUUCAAAUGAAGGCACUGAAAUCCCAGGUCAAACCUAAUGAAUAGUAAAAAAGGGAUGCAUGACUCAGAGGAUUUCGGUCUCAAGGAGGGCUCAGGCAGGUUGAGAGACCAGGUAGAUGGGAGUGGAAUAAGCCUGGGCAAGAAGAAGGGGGUGAAGGUGAGUGGGAAACACAUUGCCCCAGUGGACUGGGACAGGGGGGGGCCAUCCAUUGUCCACCAUUCCGGCUACGUCAGCCCCAGACUAUCAGAAAAUCACCCCACCAUCAUCUCCAUUGGCCCCCAUCAUGCCCACACCUCCGGGUCCCCUGAGAGAGGUCGGCCCAGGCCGGAGGAAGGCCCUCCCUCCAGGGUAGAGUGGUCCAAGGAGGGGUGCUCCUACAGCCAGAGGGCUUCUAACAGCGAGGCGGGGGUCUCCAGACAGACCAUGGAUGAGCUGAAGAGUAUCCUGAGGGACAGCUCCAUGCUCGGUGUUCGCGGGAAGGAGGAUGGAGGCCGGCCCGGGAGCCCCGCCCCUUAUACCUACCUGCAUGGGACCAACAGGGGAGAGGGACGGCCAGAGUCCCAGUCCUCCUUCACCACAUUCAAGCCCCACUCUGAUGCAUCCAGGAGGGCAUCCACCAGAUCCAGGGACAGCAGCUCCAUACAGCUCGGCUCCAGUAUGGACUUGUCAAGCUCAUUCAGGUCUGACGUGGCUGGAGCAAACAGGCUGUCCGCGGUUCGAUCAUCCACGUACGAGAACAGCAGCACCAACUGUGGAGAGAACUGGACCUCAGAAACAGAUAACAGUAAAGAAAAUAUGGACAAAUCAGGGACUCAGAGCUUUGUCUCAGCUAUGGAGUACAUCAAGCAGCAGAUUUCCCGGGAUAACAUCAACUUCGUCCGCUUCGAGGCCACGGAUCUCCACGGGGUGUCCAGGUCUAAGACAGUGCCAGUCCGCUUCUUUCAUGAGAAAGCAGUGUAUGGUGUACCCAUACCAAGAAGCUACCUGGAGCUGACCCUCAGCCCCAAAAGCAGCGAGGUGGACAAUGCCAACAGCCCUGCCAGCAUCAGUAGCGACGUGCUGCUCAUCCCGGACCUGUCCACGUUCAGAAUGUUGCCCUGGGCGGAGCAGACGGCCCGGGUGAUCUGUGACCCCUGCAUGGUCACCGGCAGCUCCCUGCGUACCGCGCCCCGUCUCAUCGCCAAGCAGCUGCUGGGGCAGCUCCAAAGCAUGGGCUUCUCGCUGCAUUCCUCCUUCACCUACGAAUGCUGCGUCCUGGGUACACCCGACCGGGUCAGCCCCAAGACCAUGCUGUUCCCCGGCACCACCUUGGCGACAAACCAUGACCUGCCAUUCUUUCAGUAUCUGGUGAACGGCAUGUACAGCAUGGGGGCGGACGUGGACAGCCUGGCCUCCGCGAUGGGGCCUGGUCAGAUGGAGAUCAACCUGAGGCCGGAGUUCGGAAUCGCCGCCGCAGACACUGCCUUCACGUUCCGCACCGGCAUCAAAGAGCUGGCCCGGAAACACAGCUACAUUGCGAGCUUCUUCACAGACGACGGCCUGUAUAACUCCGGCGUGCUUUCCCAUUCUCUCUGGGACGCCAACGGCCGGCGAAGUCUGUUCCACACCGGGGACCGUGGUGGAGGGGAGCUGUCCGAUAUCGGGAAGAAGUGGCUGGCCGGGCUCCUGAGCCACUCGGCCGCUCUGAGCUGCCUGCUCUCUCCUGGGCUAGGCUGCCGCGACCACAUCGCCAAGAAGGUCAAAGACCUCAAGCGCAAUGUGUUCUAUGCCACCUGUGGCUACAACGACAACGCCAGUGCCUUCAAUGUGAAGUGCCACGGCGGGAGGGAGACGCACAUUGACAACAAGUUGGGCUCGGCCAUGGCAAACCCAUACGUGGUGCUGGCGGCCACUGUGGCGGCGGGCUUAGACGGUAUCAAGCGUAACCUGGCGAUUGAGACGGGCCCAACGAGGCCCCCCGGCCACACCCAGCAGCAGAGGAGUCUGUUCCCCAUCCCUGUGAAAAUGGAAGACGCACUCGUGGCUUUGAGCGAUGACUAUGUGAUCCGUGGAGCCUUGGGAGAGCCAUUUGUUCAGUAUUUUAUUGCUCUGAAGCAAUUUGAAAUUGAGACCCAAGAACUGGAUGCAGAGAGGAAUAAAUGUCUGGAGUAUUUCAUAUAGAAGAUAUGAAUAUUACACAGUAGAAUUCUGUGUUUCAGAAAUGGAUUGACUGAGUUUCACACAAUGCUUGCUGUAACAGAAAACAAUAGGAAGGUGAAUGAAAUAUCAACAUCUGCGUGCAGGACCAGAAUGUAUAGAAAAUGAAUGAUCUAUUUGACUCACAUUUAAUAAAGAGGCGAGAAAGAAAGCACUCCUGCGGUUUUGUUCUUUUGGAUUAUGAUGCCAUAGAGUAUUCAUAAAAUAAAAUUACAUUCUUAACCUACUACAGGCAUGUUCUU